CAGCGGUUAACAUUGUAGUCAUUCUAUUUAUAAGGCAGAUUAUUUUUUAUUAUGACUUUGCACUAAUAUAAAUUUUUUGGUAAAAUAUUCAAGUGUUACCGUUAAAUAUUGAUAACACAAAUUUAUAAGCAAAAGAUAAGCAAACUGCGAUGCGCACAAUGAAGGAUACAACUGAGAUUUUAUUAAAAUUGCGCAAGUUGAUGCAAAAACCGCCUUCAAAUACAGAAUUAUCAUUAGCCGCUUACAUUGUACCAUCAGAUGAUUCACACCAGAGUGAGUAUAUUUGUGAACACGAUGAGCGUAGAGCAUUUGUUUCUGGGUUUGAUGGUUCCGCUGGUACAGCUGUUAUAACGAUGGACAAAGCAUUGCUUUGGACCGAUGGCAGAUACUAUCAGCAGGCCGUGAAGCAGUUGGAUACAAAUUGGAGUCUUAUGAAAGAUGGUCUACCUAUGACACCAAGCGUAGGAAGCUGGUUGACUAAAAAUAUACCUAAAGGGAGUGCUGUGGGUGUGGAUCCCAGGCUAUAUUCUUACCGUGUUUGGAAGCCAAUUGAGAAAAAUUUAUUGGCAUCAGAUUGCUUACUAAUUCCCGUUGAAGAUAAUCUUGUUGACAUUGUUUGGGGAACAGAUCAACCAAAUCUGACAUCAAACCCCAUAGUAACAUUGGACUUAAAGUUUUCUGGCGAAACUGUUGCCGAUAAAUGGGAAAAAGUAAAAACUCAAAUGCAUGAAAAGAAUUGUGAAGCAUUAGUAGUGAGUGCUUUGGAUGAAAUAGCAUGGUUUCUGAAUUUACGAGGUUCUGAUAUAAGUUACAAUCCUGUAUUUUUUGCAUAUUUGAUAAUAACAAAGUCAAAACUAAUGUUCUUCGUUGAUGUUACUAAAUUACCCAAUAAUUUUCAAGAACAUGAAAUAAACAAUGGAAUCGAAAUUACAAAACAUUCGUACCAAUCAAUUGGAGCACAGUUAAUUGAAAUUGUGAAAAAUAAUUCUGUAAAAGUAUGGAUAUCACCAAGUUCAAGUUAUUAUCUUACUGCAUUGAUACCGAAGAAACAACGACAUCAAGAGAUAACACCUAUUGCUAUUAACAAAGCGAUCAAAAAUGGCACAGAAAUGGAAGGCUUUAUAAAUUGCCAUAUCCGUGAUGGUGUUGCUUUGUGUCAGUAUUUUGCAUGGUUAGAGCAAAUGGUAUCAGACAAACAAUAUGUUGAUGAAAUUUCCGGAGCAGAUAAACUUGAGGAAUUUAGAUCCAAAAACCUCCAUUUCAUGGGUUUAAGUUUUCCAACAAUUAGUUCGUCUGGACCAAAUGGAUCAGUCAUUCAUUACCAUCCAGCUAAAGAAACUAAUCGUCAAAUUACUGAUAAAGAAAUAUAUUUAUGUGAUUCUGGAGCCCAGUAUUUGGACGGUACAACUGAUGUGACCCGGACACUACAUUUCGGAAUGCCAUCUGAAUUUGAAAAAGAAUGCUAUACACGCGUAUUAAAAGGUCAAUUAACAUUAGGAUCUACAGUGUUUCCAAAAAAAGUAAAGGGACAAGUUUUAGAUACCUUAGCUCGGAAAUCCCUGUGGGACAUUGGACUAGAUUAUGGACAUGGUACUGGGCAUGGAGUUGGUCAUUUCCUUAACGUUCAUGAGGGACCAAUGGGUGUAGGCAUUCGCUUGAUGCCCGACGAUCCAGGUCUUCAGGAAAAUAUGAUAAUAUCUAAUGAGCCUGGAUUUUAUCAAGAUGGAGAAUUUGGCAUCCGUAUUGAAGACAUUGUUCAAAUAGUUCCAGCUGAUACAAAAUAUGAUUUUAAUGGACGAGGAGCAUUGUCUUUUAAAACAAUUACGUUGUGCCCAAAACAAACUAAAAUGAUAAAGAAGGAGUUGUUACUUGACAAAGAGGUUGAUUUGCUUAAUGACUAUCAUCGUGAAGUUUACGACACUCUUUCCCCUAUAUUGAAAGAACAAGGUGAUGGCAUGACGUUGUCCUGGUUAGAACGAGAAACACAGCCAAUAUAAAAUAUACAAGUUUUGUAAAGUUGAUAUUUUACUUAUGCAUUUCGUAUUUGCUAUCUUUUUAUAAAUAUAUAUCAAUAAAAAGUAUGUUUGAAAA